AAAGCUGUUCCAUUACUCUGUUCAUAGACGAUAAUCUUUGUGGAUUGAAUUUCCAAAUUUAUAAUCAGACGAUAGAACGUAUCAUAAAUAUAUUAAUACUAAGCCAGUCAACUUAUGUACAACAGUUUCUCACGCUACGAGAAGAUAUAGAAAUGGAAAUUCUUAAAGCGAGAUCGAACAUUGAGUAUUUGACACUUCUGAAAGAACCUUGCGAGAAAUUAAAGCAGUGUACUACACCAGAUGAAUUAACUCCGUUUCUGUCGAGAAUAAUACAUCUUUGCAGAGUGAUCUGGUUAAAUUCACCUUAUUACAACACCACCGAAAAAAUGACUAAUCUGUUCAUUGCAUUGAGCAAUCAGAUCAUUAUAAUCUGUCGGGACUUAAUCGACCUUCGGCAAGUAUUCAAAGGGAAAACUCGUGCCAGCAUUCAAAUGUUCUCCAAUUGUAUUCGUGCUUGCAAAGAAUACAAGAAACGUUAUAUUAAAAUUUCAGAUGCCCAUAAUAUGUACACCGAAUAUCCAUGGGAAUUAGACAUCGAUAACAUUUUUCAUCACAUAGAUAUUUUUAUCGAAAGAUGCCAAGACAUGAUAGUCAUCUGCAAAGCGAUGAUAGACUUUGCCAGAAUGGACGAAACAACUAACAUUCUAAGACCAAAGUUUGGUGGAACCAAAGGAGAAGAGCACAGUAGAGCCUGUCAAAAGAUUGAAAGACUCUUUCUUGAGAGUCUAGAGAAAAUCGAAGCAAACUCUCAUAAAAUAUUCGAUGUGUUGAACAUUUCUUGGCAGAACAUUAUGUCUGUCUUUCGCAACGAAGUCAGAGAAUUGGAGAUAAUAAUCGAGAACUUGAUAGCAACCGUCUUCACCGACGUGAACAACGUACAGGAGGGUAUCGAGAAUCUCUAUGGAUUUUACAAUUAUAUGAACAGAGAGCGACUACAGCAGCUCUUCAAUAAUAAGACUAUAGAGGUAUGGAAAAUGUUCAACAAAGAAAUUCAGUUUACAAAGCAAAGUAUCUUAAUUGAGAAAAAUAAAUACUCAUCACUGAUGCCAUAUUACUCUGGUAAAGCAUUGUACCUGCAGCAAAAACAGCAUAAUUUGAAAAGAAUGAAAAAAAUAAUGGAAGAUGCCGAAUGGAUGCCCUAUUGUUCCAUGAAAUUUGAGAUCUUCAAUCAGUGCAACAUAGUGAUAAAGUUAAUCGAAGACAUUAUAACGAAUCUCUAUAAAGAGUGGAUAGAAGAGUCAAGCGAUAAUCCAAGCCUUCGUCUCGAUCGAUACUUGAUGAAACGAAAUGAAAAAUCGCCACUAUUACUCGAUUGCAAUAUGGAUUCUUUUAUAUUAAUUCUUUGUCGAGAAUGCGAUUGUUGGAUCAAUCUUCGAUUUCACAUACCAAUUGAAAUGACUGCCAUACACAUUAAAAAAGACAUAAUCUUCUCUAUGUACGAAGGUAUCCUUGAAGUGACCAAUAUUUACAACAAAAUCAUAGAAGCAUUGUCCGACAAAGAACGUGAACUGUUUCGAGAAUUAAUCUGGCGGGUCGACGGACAGAUCAAUCCUGGUUUAAAUAGACUAACAUGGAACACGGAGAACAUCGAAAAUUACAUUACAGAUUGCUACGAUCAAGCCGGAAAAGAGGAACUUGUAAGCGUGAGGGAUGCGGUUGUUGUCGAUAUACUUACAAAGUACAGCAUGAUAGUUGAAUACAUCAUGGUGGUCUUCGACGGAUUUAAACCAGUAAUCCAGAACGUUUUGAAGGAGUGGCAACAAUAUUUGACCCAGUUUGAUCUAGCGAUUCAGGAAGCAAUGAAAUUCUGCCUUAAGUAUUCUAUGAAUGUCAUGUAUGAGGCCCUUCACGGAGACGGGACGGCAGGACCAUCUCCUCUUCUACUGGUGCAACUGGAGUUGGUCAACAAUAAGGUACACUUCUCACCAAACCUAUCGGAUAUCGCCACAACCUUAUCAAACAUUCUCCACCACCUAUUAAUACCGAUUAAGAACAUUCAACGAUUAACCGAAAAGUUUAAUGUCCCCAGUAGAGAUAUGAAACCUCUUUGGAAGGUUUACGAGAAGGACAUAGAACUUCUUCGUUAUCAGCACAUGCUUGAUGAUGGUCUUGAGAUUAUUUUAUUUUUCUUUAAGACGAGUCAUUGUUUCUCCCAAAUACAAAUUUAUCUUAAAACAUGGGAACCUUUCAAGGACGUGUGGGAAGUCAAUAAGGAUAUUUUCAUUCAAAGAUACGAAAAGUUGAAGCCAACGGUUACAUCUUUCGAUUCUGACAUUAACAAUUACGCAAACAUUGCAUUCACUGUCGAACUGCAAGAGACCGUGGUGAACGUAUAUUUUCUCGAAAUAAAUUGCGAUAGUUUAAAAAGCGUCAUCAUUCAGGAAUGCUUGAUUUGGCAACACAAAUUAAGUGCUCUCAUGUUGCGAGUACUCGAAAACAAAGUCAAUCACGUCUAUCAAUAUAUCGCUGAAAAUACGAAAAAGUUAGUAACUUUGUUCAAGAUAAAUUAA